GUACGUUAGAACAGCCUAUAACCUUUAUUAAUUUUAACCCGUAAAGAUUGUUUUGGAGUCAAUUUUUUUUUGAAAACAUAAACAUAAGCACCAUGAUAUAAAUAUCUAUCAAUUAACAAACAUUUGUUAAUCCUAAUAAACAUUCCAACGAAAAUAAACAAGGCCGAUCCUACUUCCGACCCGUUUCCACAUUUACCUUGCAUUAACCACUUCCGGAUUCAGAUAGUAUUUACAAGUGGUGUAUUUAGUUAAGAAUGGCAACAGGAACCACUUGAGAAAUCUGCAAAUGGGAAGUUCACAAUUAGUAAUACUAUUGGUGCUUCUUAUUCAACAAGUUUACUCAGUAUGUCAGAAUGGAGACUGUGGAUGGAAAGCUUCAUGUGUGAACAAUAGUUGUGAAUGUCCUGUCAAUUAUACGAUAUACUCAAACCAGUAUGACUGUGUUCAAAGUAAGAAUAGUUGUGAAUGUCCUGUCAAUUAUACGAUAUACUCAAACCAGUAUGAUUGUGUACAAAAUGGUUGUACACAAGAUGAUUGUUUAGAAUGUGAUCCACAGUUAGAAUGUAUCAGAUGUUCCAAAUUUAUAGAUGAAUUGACGAGAGAAUGUUUAGAUAAAUGUGUGGGUGAAACAAAAGUUAUCAGUGAUGGGCUGCUGCAUGGAAAUGUUUGUAAACAGACAGAAUCUACAGACAGUACAGAGUUAAUAAUAGCUGUGGCAUGUGGUGUCGCUGGCGGUGUAAUACUAUGUAUAGUUGUCACAUUGAUAUUCUACUGUCAUUAUAAACAUACAAGGAAGAAGAUAAACCUACAGCAGCAGAAGUAUAAACCACAAAAUAUGCAAUUAGGAAAUCUUACACAGAUACCUGUGUUUGACAAUAAAGGUUUUGGAAGGUUAAAGAAAGAGCAAAAAGAUGAGAAUGAUGUUUUGAUGGGAUCCAGUGCAAUAGAUAAUGACAACUACCACAAAGAACUGCAAAAACUGAUGCCACAAGCACCAACCUUAUUAGCAAUACUUAACAAUAUCAGAUCUCGUCUCAGAUCCAUGGAAGUGAAUGAUCCCCGUGUUCCUACUUACAGAGGUGUAAUUCACCAGCUGUGUAGAGUAUUGGUGCUACUAAACAAAACGGACCCUAGAGCCAGUAUUCCUUCAGAUGCCCCAGGACUUCUUCAGUGGGCCCAACAAAUGUUAGAAGACUACCAGAUGGAUGUACAGGAUCAGCACCUGUCUGGAGGGUCAGACGAGACACCCGUCAGCAAGAUCUCUUACAUAGAUGUUCCUAUUGAACAACAGAAAUCUCACCAAUAUGCCGUGCCCCAACUCAAUAAGGCAACAAAAGAGGAGGAGCGACCCGUCCAUCAUCAUCAACCAUUUCAUCAUAGUCAACAAAGUUCCCUGUCUCACCAUUCUGAUACUGGGUAUUAUAGCAGUACUCCCGUCCCUGUGGAAUAUCGCAGCACCACUCUACCGCAUGCACAGAUCAAUUCAUCAUUCUCCACAUUCACUUCCAAAAAACAGAAAAAGCAUGACCCUCGGCUUAUUCGUAGCUCUACUAAUAUUGCGCAAUACCCCAGAGACAAUUCACAGGGUUAUUUUGCUAAUGGACGGUAUUAUGAUCCUUCACCGAAACCUGAAGUUUAUGCACCUGCAAGUUCAUACAGUGACCGUGACAAUAAGGUCAUGUCCACAUUUCUUUCAGAUCUUCCACAGGACCAAGGUUCUAGUGCCUCAUCUUCAGAUAGCUCAUUAUAUGUUGAUGCUGAAGAAAAUGAUAACAAUGACCUUGACAGUUUACCAGAAGAUGAGGUAUUACCAUUUGAUCCUGAGGAAGCAACAGAUCCUGUGGAGGUUUGACAUCUGAGUCAUUCAGACUCAAUCAAACGUUUUGUUUUCUGCUGAAAAUUGACAUUUUUCUCUAGCUGCAAAUUGUGAUAUACAGAUCUUUUCAGAGAAUUUAUUGGUGCAAACUUUUCAGGGAUUUUAUUUUUGUAGCAAAAAGCUUUGACUGUGUUCAAAAUAUAUCUUUGUUUACUCUCAUUCACCGAUUUAUGCUAUGUUUUAACUAACAAGAGUGUCUGGUGAUCAGGUUUUUCUGCUGGACCUUUCAUUCUUCUUAAUAUAAUAAUUUACAUUAUGGGUAAUAUUUACAAAAACCAUUCACCAUAUCACUGUGAUUGGUUUAAAUAUAAAAAAGAAGAUUUGGUAUGCUUGCCGAUGAGACAACUGUCCACAAGAGACCAAAAUGACACAGACAAUACCAACUAUUGGUCAUCGUACAGCCUUCAACAAUGAGCAAAGCCCAUACCGCAUAGUCAUAGUUAAAAACUGUUUAAGUAAUGAAAUUUCAACCAUUGAUGUUACAUUAUUUUAAUUUUGAAGAACGAUAAUCAUUCUACUUAUAGUCCUACAGAUUCUGAAAAGACAAAUUGAAUGAUAUUGUUGUAUCGUAUCAAUUUUAUUACAGUAAAAGUAAUUAAAUUUGCUUUCGCUACACCUCAGUCACAGAGAUCUUGUUAUAUUCCAUAAGCUUGCUCGAAUUUCAAAUACUCUACGUCAUAGAUAUAUAACAGCUUCAAAUGUAUUAUAUGAUCUUUUUCUGAUUAGUUCAGCGAAUCUCAUCACUUUGUAUCAGAGUAUAACAUUAUUGUUUUGUAGAAAAAUUAAGAUAACCUUUUAGAGAUGCAAUAUUUAUGUUUUAAAUCAAAAUCCUAAGAUUUUUCAGUUUUAUCAGUAUAUUUGAAUAUAUAUUUGGAUUAAAAAGUUGAUGAGUGGUAAAAAGUGUUUUAAAUAUAAAAAUAAAUGUGUGCAAAUCAUAAAUUUUUAGUAGUAAAGCAUUUCUGACAUGAUGUCAAUAAUGGAUGACCAGGCUUUAUGGCAUGGGAGGGUCCGAGAUACACCUAGGAGAAAAAAUAGUUUCAAUGAUACCAAAAUUGAAAUAACUUUUACAAAAUUUUCAAAUUAAAAGAAUGUUUUGGAUUUUUUGGGGGGUCCAGAAGCCAUCUAUGUCUAUGGCUUAAUUGGCAUAGCAUAUCUAUACAUUUUUGUAGAUGAUUAAAUGUGCUCAUUUUUAUGCCCCACCUAUGAUAGUAGAGGGGCAUUAUGUUUUCUGGUCUGUGCUUCCGUUCGUCUGUCUGUCCGUCCGUCCGUCCGUCCGUCUGUCCCGCUUCAGGUUAAAGUUUUUGGUCUAGGUAGUUUUUGAUGAAGCUGAAGUCCAAUCAACUUGAAACUUAGUACAUAUGUUCCUUAUGAUAUGAUCUUUCUAAUUUUAAAGACAAAUUAAACUUUUGACCCCAAUGUCACGGUCCACUGAACAUAGAAAAUGAAAGUGCGAGUUUCAGGUUAAAGUUUUUGGUCAAGGUAGUUUUUGAUGAAGUUGAAGUCCAAUCAACUUCAAACUUAGAACAAAUGUUCCCUAUGAUAUGAUCUUUCUAAUUUCAAUGCCUAAUUAUAUUUUUAACCCAUUUUCACGGUCCAUCGAACAUGGAAAAUGAUAGUGCGAGUGGGGCAUCUGUGUACUUUGGACACAUUCUUGUUUAAAUUGUUAUUAAUCUUUUAAUCCAUUUAUAGAAAAUAUGUGUAGGCUACAUAGUUUUGUAGACUUUGUGAUAGUAUUAAAUUAAUAUUUAUACAUUUUUAGGAAAAUAAAUAAUGGAUUCAUGGCAUCAACUGAUAUAUAUUUCUUUUUUCAACAUACAACAUGAAUAUUGUGAUAGAUCAGUAUUUUAGUAGGUUAAACAAUUAUUGUCUUUUUAUAAAUUUGUGUAAAUAAAAAAUUGUCAUUUUUAAAUAUUUUUUAUUUAUGUUAGAAUCUGUUUUAUAUUCAUUUGCAUAUCUUAAAUUGAAUGGAUAUCCUGAUUUUGUUUUAAAAGUUCAAUUUUAAUACACAAAUUUUGUACUUUUUUUUUUUACAAUUUCCAUGUAACAGUAAUAUUACCAUUAGUGUUAUGAGAUAUGGGAAAUUAUUGCACUGUUCCAUGUUGAAGUUAAAUAUAAGUACAAUGAAAUAAUUUGAAUUAUAUAAGCAGAAGCAUUAUGAUAAAUGUAUGAAAAUGAAAAGAUCAAGAAAAUAAUAAUGGCCAAGAGCAAAAUAGUUGAUUUUAUACCAGUGGCGGAUCCAGGGGGAGGGUUCCGGGGGUUUGAACCCCCUUUUUUUAGACGAUCAAUGCAUUUGAAUGAGGACAUAUAGUUGGACCCCUUUUUAAAAUGGCUGGAUCCGCCCCUGUAUACAGAUAUGAAAGUCAGGAUAUCAGUUCAAAUUGGUAAAAUCAAAAUGAUCUUAUGAAUUUUUAUUUUAGUUUUAUGUCUACAAAUUGUAAAACUUUACAUAUGUACAUAAAUUUUGCUAGCUUGUUUUUUAUGGUAUUGGUUGUAUUUUUAAAAGAUAUAUUUAAAUGAGAUAUGUACGCAAUAUUGUCAAGAUAUAUUUUUAGUUUUUCAUGACAUUCCACUACAGGAAUCUAAACCAGAAUUAAUCAUGUGAUUAUUUAAAAGGACCCAAACGUUCUCUAUGCAAGGCAGACAUUGUAAAAUUUCAUAAAUCGUCAAUGUUGUAAAGAAAUUUAAACAAAUUAUGAAUGGCUUUUCCUUUUUAUACCAAGUAUAUUCUAGUAAAACUAAUUCUAUAAGAAAUCUUUUCAAAAAGCACAAAGGAAUACUAUAUAAGGGUCUUUACUAGAUAUUGCUGCUGGCAGUUUUUUGCCCUUUAAAAAGCAGAUGAGGAUUCAGGAAUCAGGACGCUGAAAAAGGGCCGGCCAUGCAGGGCUCUCCAGCUAGCCAAUGUUGGAGUAGAACAUGUAAAAAAGUCCAUGCAUUAACGAUAUAUGUAGCUCAAUAAGGGCCUCCUCCCUAAAUCCAAUUCUUAAAAGCUUUUUUUUUCAAUUUUAACAGUAGACUGGAAAUUCAUAAAUUUGUGCUGGGAUUUAUUAUUGCCAUUAAAAAUGUUGAACAAAGUUAAAAUGAUUCAAGAUUAUUUUUUCUAAUUUUAGGAAAAUCUCUAUACAAAUAGUGUGAUGAAACUGGUUUUUUUUGGUUUUUUUAGAAACCUAUCCCAUAGCAAUAAUAAAUUUUAGCAAUAAUAAAAACAUUACUGAAUUGGAAAUACUUGUAUUUUCACUAUGCAUUUUUUUGAAUGGUUCACUUGUUACUUCAGGGAUUUCUUCUUGUUUUAUAAACUGUUGUACAUUUUUACUUUGAUGUUUAAACUAAAGGUUGUGAUCUUAACUUUGUCCUUGAACUUGUUCCUAUUAUCGGGUAAAACAUUUUAAAACUACACAUAUCAGUACUUGUUCUACAUUUAUAAUCAACAGUGGUGCUAAAUGUGACUUUUUCUAUGCUGCAAACCAUAAUUUUCAUUAACAGCUGUCAGCUUUGCAAUAAUAAAAUGUAUAACCAAACAA